AUGGAACCCUGGCAAGGACUUGAUGUUGAAGAGCAGGAUUUGGAGUCAUUCGUGAAAAGAGGCAACUCAUCAAGAACACUGAUUCCAGGACCUGCGGGAAAUGUCCAAGCAGCAAUGAUUAAUCAGGACAGUGAACAACCUGAAAGCACUCAAAAAUUUGCUCUGGACAUUGCCUCCGCAACUUACGAACGAGAUUUCAAAUCGAAUCCAUGGUUAUGGGCAGAGCAGUUCAUAAAAUUCCAUGGGCUACUGAAGGAAGGCAAAAUUGAAAAUGCAACCCAGUUAGGAAGUUGCAAAUGCACAACCAUUCUUCCGUUUGUGGCAUGCAUUGUCAAACAAUGUAAGCCUAAUGGGCUAGGAGAUAUGCAAAUAUAUAUAAAGGAUACCAGUGCGACGGUGUGGGCUAGUGUCCAUAGGAAGGUGCUGCUCAAUCCAGAAUUCGGACAAGACCUCACAGUGGGGGCUGUUUUGCUGUUGCACACAGUUGCCGCAUUCAGUCCCCGUCCGCGACUUUGCUAUGUCAACAUUACAGUACGCAACAUUGUGAAGGUGUGA